AAUGUCAGGAAUUGAAUUAAAAUUCGUGGUAUAGAAAUUAGAAUAUCCGUCGUACUAUGAAAUAUCUGUAUUCUGUAUCCUUUAGUGACUAAUCUGUACCUAUGAAAAAAGAAAUGAGAAGUCAAAUCGAUCCAAUAUAGUAUUUAAUAUUUACCUACUGGCUAGUGGAUAUCAAUUACAUCUAGAAGAAAGUCUUAAAUCUGCAUUCAGCAUUGCCAUCACAAGAGUUAGGUUUAUGGCGAUACUUAGGUUUCUGCGUAGAAACCUAGUAAGCGUAACUUUCCCUACACUAACUGCAACAUUUAUUUGGCUUGACUGGAAUCACACCAGGAACUGGAAGGCUCUAUCAAAAAAACAGUAAUAUGGCCAUCUUUGGAAUCACUAGCCGCUACAUGUGGUUUGCUGUGCCAUUAACAGGCUUUUUCAUUGGAAAGUAUAUAGAUGACCAGGAAACACUAAGAAUGACAAAUUUUAGGGACAAAUCUGCUCUUUUUGGUGGGAAUGUUAAAGAAGGUGAUGCUCCAUCUUGGCCAUGAAUGUAAUGAAAUAGUCAAAAUAAAUGUAGUUUAUUGAAA